CUAGCCAUUAGCCCAUUACUAAAAUUUGAAUUACGUUAGAUCGGGGUUUAGGGUUUCAAAUUUCUGGUUUCCGGCUCCAUUUUAGCGAGAGCUUCCUUCUAAAGCUUUUGGGAGGGAAAGACAUAAAAUCCCAAUUCACAGUGACAGAUCAAUUUCUCUCCAAGGGAAAUUAGCAAAUGAGCACUGCAGUACAUAGAACUCCCAAAUCCUCUGGGAGUCGUUCGUUGUUUUACCAAGAUUUGGCAACACCUGUCUCUGCUCGUAAAGGCAAAUUCUCAAGUCCAGGUCAGGCAGCUGCUGUAUCUGCUCUAUGGCGUGAGAAUUUUGGUGGUUCAGAUCUUCCACCACCUCCCAUGUAUACUUUGGAGGAUCGUUCAGAUUUCUCUCCCGAGUCUGGAAUUCCUGAUUACCCUCUUUCCCCAGAAAUGAAGUCGGACCCCAGAACUCCUUUCCAAAGUUCUGGGAGGGACCUCAUGACUCCAGCAAAAAGCAAACCUGAGGCAAGCACUUCGUUUGCUUUGAUGAGUGGGCAUCAGAACCAGCAGGGUUCAACAGGUUCAACUUGGUGGUCACCAACUAAGGCUAGAAGCACUGAGCAAGAAGAGAAGGCGAAAGGCUCUCCAGUUGAAGGUGUGGUCUGGCCUGGUGCUCUAAUUACACUUCCACCACCAAGAGAAGUUGCAAGGCCAGAGAUGCAGAGAAACUCCUUUCCUGCAGGGAAUCUUGAUGAGGAAGAAUGGGUUACUGUUUAUGGGUUUUCUCCCGGUGAUACAAAUUUAGUUUUGCGGGAGUUUGAGAAAUGCGGUGUUAUCUUGAAACAUGUUCCUGGUCCGAGGGAUGCUAACUGGAUGCACAUUCUUUAUCAGAGUCGAUCUGAUGCUCAGAAAGCUCUCAGCAAGAAUGGGAUGCAAAUAAAUGGGGUGCUAAUAGUUGGUGUGAAGCCAGUUGAUCCAAUGCAACGCCAAUCUUUGAAUGAAAGACUUAACAAUCAGGGAUUCAUGACUUUACCACCACAGCCAUCUUCUAGAAGCUCAGAGUUCAACACAUUAAAACCCUCUUCUCGCUCAUACUAUCUUCAAAAUGGUAGUAGCAGCACCCGUCAGUCAGGAGGUACUAUUGCUUCCCCAACCAAGUCCAUCGUAUCCAAAAUCUUUGAUGUGAUGUUUGGCAUUUAGAUUAAUAUUUUGUACACUCAUAUGGCUCCUUAUUAUCUUGUUAAAAUGAGAUGAGUAACUUUUUCGGCAAAUUAUUUGAUUCAAUAUCUUGGCCAUGUGGGUUAUAUUCCCAUGAUAUUGAAAUUUGAAAUUGUAAAAAGACUGGAGUGAUAGAUGCUUGAAGGUUAAGUGAUUGCAGUGUGCCAUCAAAAUCUGUAAGAGAUUAUAAAACCCUUAUCCCGUUCUCUGUUUCUCAGUUUC